UGAGAAUUACUGAGUUUUGAUGUAAAUGGAAAGCAACUAUUGUUUGAGUAUAGAAGAAAUUCGACAUUAGAAAAAAUAGAAUAACUUGUUUUUUCCUUCGUCACUAUAUAUUAAUAUAUAUUAAUUAUUUAAUAUUAUGAGUGAUAAAACAAAUUCUCAUAAAAAGAAAUGGAAAGUGAUGAAAACUUCAAAACUAAACAACGAUAUAUCACAUCAAAAUAAAACAGAUCAUAGACCCGAUAAUCUCGAUAUUGGUAGGAAUAUAGAUAUUCCAUAUUAUGGAUGGAAAUUGUUUUUUCCUGACAAAGAGUAUAAAACUAAUAGUGCUAUUACAAAACAAAUUAAAGCUAUAGAGGCAUUUAUAGAAAGACAUCAAGUAUUGUCUUCGUUGUUUACUAUGGCAAAUUUGGAAGCAGGCAUGUCUUUUGAUAUUGACAUCUGUGACCUGUAUGAGGAUAGUGAAUUUAUGAAGCAAUGGCCAAAUUUUAAGCAUGAAAUUCAUGAGAACCCAACAAACACAUUAAAUUGUAUGAAACUUAGUAUUCAUCAGAAAAUUUUGAAAACGGUGCCAGAAGAAAAUUUACAGUAUGUUUUGAAUUCUAUUAGCAGUUUACCAACAGUCAAAUUAAGUAUAUUAAAUUAUCAACCAAUCAUAUGUUUGCGAGACCUUAAGUUAAAUUAUUAUGAGCGAUUGGUAUCUACUAGAGGCUGUGUAAUAAGGGUUGGCAGAAUAAAACAUCUUAUACAGUGGAUGGUAUUUGCCUGUUCCAAAUGUCAUUUGCAAAAAUUAGUCAAACAGUCUCAGGAAAUAUACACAUUGCCAAAAAUAUGUGAUACUUGUGGCACAUCAAAGUUUUAUCCAGUCUUGGAUUCACCUUUUGUGAAAAGUAUUUUAUUCCAGAUAAUCAGAAUACAAGAAUCAUUGAAUGAUGAGCAGGAGAAUAAAGGUAAAGUGCCUAAAAUUCUUGAUGUGGAACUUAUGGAUAAUGUAGUUAAUAUUUGCAUGCCUGGGGACAAUAUAACACUUACAGGCAUUAUCAAGGUACAAGGAGUCGACGAUACAACUAAAAUACAAGUUGGGAUUCCAUUUUCAUUAUAUAUGAAAGCAAUUACAAUUAUCAAUAACAAACGUAAAUGUGAAAAUAAAAGUUCUAUGAGUAAUGAAAUGUCUUUAAAAAAUUACUUAGCUAUACAGAAUAUAUAUAAAGAACAAAAUAUUCUUGCAUUAUUAGUACAUUCGUUAUGCCCUAGUAUAUACGGCCAUGAAAUAGUCAAAGCUGGAUUGAUAUUGAGUUUAUUUGGAGGUAACGUAAAACGCGCGCAAUUACGAGAUGGCAUACAUAUUUUGUUAAUUGGAGAUCCUGGUCUUGGCAAAUCACAGAUGUUACAAGCAUGUGCUCGAAUAUCUACAAAAGGUAUAUACAUUUGUGGCAAUUCAAGUACAUCCUCCGGACUAACGGUAACACUUACAAAAGAAACCGGUUCAAAUGACUUUUCUUUAGAACCUGGUGCUUUGGUUUUAGCAGAUCAAGGUUGUUGUUGCAUCGACGAGUUUGAUAAAAUGUGUUCUCAGCAUCAGGCAUUAUUAGAAUCAAUGGAACAACAAAGAGUUACUGUUGCAAAAUCAGGUAUAAUAUCUUCUUUUCCUGCACGGACAUCAAUUCUCGCAGCGGCUAAUCCUAUUGGAGGGCAAUAUGACAAAAGCAAAACAGUAACUGAAAACCUAAACAUUAAUCAACCUAUUCUCUCGCGAUUUGACUUAAUUUUUUUAUUAUUGGAUAAACCAGAUAAGCACUUUGAUAGUUUGUUAUGCAAGCAUAUUAUGACAGUUCAUACCAAUUCACAUACAAGUUUCAAUCAAGAAGCUAUAGAGUUGUCUGCUAAUGACUGUUCCUUAAGAAAAAAGCUAAUGCUGCCAUUAUCUACUGAGGUUAUAUCACAGCCUAUUCUUCGAACUUAUAUUUCCUACGCACGACAAUAUGUGAAGCCAAAAUUGUCAGCCAAAGCUGCAGCUAUAUUACAGAAAUAUUAUUUAGAACUUCGAUCAAAAAAUAAACAAUUUGGAAGCAUACCUAUAUUUAAUAGACAAUUAGAAGCCAUGAUCCGUUUAACUGAGGCUAGAGCAAAACUGGAAUUACGUAUUGAAGCAACUGAGUCAGAUGCAUUAGAUGUAAUAGAUAUAUUGCAAUAUACAAUGACAGACACAUUAGAAGAUUGUGUAACAUCGAGAUUGAAUUCUGAUGGUAAAUUAACAAACAAAAAAAUUAAAACGUUUAUAAAGAUACUUGAAGAAAAACUAAAUGUGGAUAAAAAACAAAUAUUUUCAACAAAAGAAUUAAAAACAUUUGCUACGUGCAAAGGUAUUUUGAUAAAUGAUUUUGCUGUUUUAAUUUCAACACUGAACAGAGAAGAAGCAAAAAUGCCCUGUGAUGGUAAAAAUCCAAAUUGUGAUAGAAGACGCGAAUUACUAGCGCAACUGAAAUGUGUAAUCAGCUCUAUGGAUAGGAAGAAACCAUGUGAGUGGGACGAGCCACUUUGUCCACCUAUAAUAUAUUGCCCUGCAGAACUACCAUCUUGUAUUCAGUCUUUUGGAUUUGUCAAACCGUGUAAGAGUUUUGAUUUUCGCUCCAGCAUAAGGUACAGAUGUGAAUGUAUUAAAAGAAAUGGACUACAAGAUAGAUGCAUGAUGUGGGAUUGCAUGGGUAGACCAGAAUGUAUGACAAAACUGUAUCCAGUCUGUGAACCAGGUCGUGCCGCUUUAUUGAAGCUAACCGAUUUGGGUGAUACAGAGGUUGCUCUUAGAAAAUUCUAUUCAGCGGAUCAAGCUAGAGAGGCCGCUCUGGCUGCGUAUUGUAAAUUAUCUUGCGAUAAAGUUCAUCAAAAACAAAUUUUGUCAUGCAAUAACGAAGUUCUUUGCGCACCUCCAAUAUCUUGCGCAAGAAGUGACGUAUCGAAUAACAAUGAUAAUAAUUUGUGGUGUAAAUCGUUUUGCGGUGACACUUCGUCAUCAUAUCAAGUUUGCGUACCGUCAGUAUAUCCUAAUUAUAUGUUAGAAUCUUGUGGCGUAUGUUGUCCACCUCGUAAAUUAGAAGAAACUUGUUUCUCAUAUAAUUCACCACUGUAUUUGCCUUCCUAUCCACCAACUUGCUUAUCUUGUUCGACAAUUUAACUUUCAAGAUCUUUUAAUAAACUUAUUCAAUAUUUAUU